AUGUAUGGAGCGUUGCGCUGUGGCUCGGGUGGGCGGACGCCCGGCAAGGCGCCGGGCCGCCCGCCGCGUCGCCCUUCACGCUGCCCUGCUCCGACUUGUGGCCGGCAGACUCCCCCGCCUGCGCAGGCGGCCCACGCUCUCCUGUGGCCGCUCCCCUCGAGGUUGGACCACCGUCUUCCUCUGCCCCCGCCCUCUCGCCUGCGGCUGAGAGCAGGCGACGCGGGAAUCAACCGCUCGCUCCAGCAGAAGAUUCAUCUGCUAGUACGUCCUCGACAACUAGCUCCUUAUGCAAUGUUUCUGGGAGUACCCCUGCUAGUGCGUCAUCCAUGCAGCCAAUCUGCUCUUCAGGCAGCCAAUCCUCAGGCAGUACACCAGCUCAGCUCUCAACCUCGGGCGUAG